GGGGCGGGUAGGAGGCCGGGCCUCGCCUCGCGUCCCCGCCCCGCCGCGCCUCACUGGCAGCGGCAGCAGUGACGGCGGCGGCGGCUCCCGGGGCCGGCGCGAAUCCGGCCCCCGCUGUGGGACCCGGGCAGGUGCGGACGAGCCCCGCCUGGGCUGCAGUGCGCAGAGGAUGGGAACACUCCCCCCGCGAUGUCUCUGGGCCGCCUCCUUCGCCGGGCCUCCUCCAAAGCCUCAGACCUCCUGACCCUCAACCCGGGUGGGGGCAGUGGGCCCCCCUCUGUCCUGGAUGGAGAGAUCAUCUACUCCAAGAACAAUGUCUGCGUGCACCCUCCAGAGGGGCUGCAAGGGCUGGGGGAGCACCACCCAGGGUACCUGUGCUUGUACAUGGAGAAGGACGAGCUGCUGGGGGCCACGCUCAUCCUCGCGUGGGUCCCCAACUCCCGGAUCCAGAGGCAGGACGAGGAGGCACUGCGUUACAUCACCCCUGAGAGCUCCCCCGUGCGCAAGGCACCCCGCCCGCGGGGCCGGCGAGCCCAGAGCUCAGGAGGCCCCCUCCAGACCUCUCCCACGGAGCCAAGGCCCACCCUGAUCCCCAGAGAUGAGGACAUCCUGGUGGUGGCCCAGAGCCUCCAGGAUGCCGUGCACGUCAGCCCCUCGCCCGAGGACAGGGAGAAGCUGCCCCAGGGCCUGGGGAUGGACGGCCCCCUCCCGGCCUCACAGCCGGCCCACAGCGACUCUGGAAUCUUGUCCACCGUCAGUUCGCAGGAUGGGACGGAGGAGGGGCGGGAGCCGCGGCCCGAGGCCGGUGAGGAGGAGGGCUCCCUGGAGCUGUCAGCUGGCGGUGUGAGCAGGGACAGCUCCUUUGACUCGGACUCAGACGCCUUCUCCUCACCCUUCUGCCUGUCGCCCAUCAGCGCCGCCCUGGUGGACAGUGGCUCCGUGUUCCUGGAGAGCGAGAGUGGCUCCCCCUCCAGCGCAGACUCCCACCUGCGGUUCCCGGACAGCGAUGGCCUCCUGCAGACCCCGCGCUGGGACGAGCCGCAGAGGGCGCGUGCCUUGGAGCAGACCUGCGGCGUGUUCCGCGUGGACCUGGGACACAUGCGCUCCCUGCGUCUUUUCUUCAGCGAUGAAGCCUGUACCAGCGGCCAGCUGGUCGUGGCCAGCCGGGAGAGCCAGUACAAGGUUUUCCACUUCCAUCAUGGCGGUCUGGACAAGCUGGCAGAUGUGUUUCAGCAGUGGAAAUACUGUGCCGAGACGCACCUCAAAGACCAGCAGGUCACUGACGAAAAGACAUGCAUGCAGUUCUCCAUCCGACGGCCCAAACUGCCCUCCUCGGAGACACACCCGGAGGAGAGCAUGUACCGGAGGCUGGACGUCUCCGCCUGGCUCGGGCACCUCAACGAGUUGGGCCAGGUAGAGGAGGAGUAUAAGCUGCGCAAGGCCAUUUUCUUCGGCGGCAUUGAUGUGUCAAUCCGGGGGGAGGUCUGGCCUUUCCUGCUGCGUUAUUACAGCCACGAGUCCACGUCGGAGGAGAGGGAGGUACUACGGGUGCAGAAGCGAAAGGAAUACGCCGAGAUCCAGCAGAAAAGGCUGUCCAUGAGCCCUGAGGAGCACAGGGCAUUCUGGCGCGCUGUGCAGUUCACCGUGGACAAGGACGUGGUUCGGACAGACAGGAGCAACCAGUUCUUCCGAGGCGAAGGCAACCCGAACGUGGAGAGCAUGAGGAGAAUCUUGCUGAACUACGCUGUGUACAACCCGGCCAUCGGCUACUCACAAGGCAUGUCGGACCUGGUCGCGCCCAUCCUGGCCGAGGUCCUGGACGAAUCAGACACCUUCUGGUGCUUUGUGGGUCUCAUGCACAACACCAUCUUUGUCAGCUCUCCUCGGGACGAAGACAUGGAGAAGCAGCUGCUGUACCUACGCGAGCUUCUGCGGCUGACACACCAGCGCUUCUACCAGCAUCUGGUGUCACUGGGUGAGGAUGGCCUGCAGAUGCUCUUCUGCCACCGCUGGCUGCUCCUGUGCUUCAAGCGCGAGUUCCCUGAAGCCGAGGCCCUACGCAUCUGGGAGGCCUGCUGGGCCCACUACCAGACAGAUUACUUCCACCUUUUCAUCUGUGUGGCCAUUGUGGCCAUCUACGGGGAUGACGUCAUUGAGCAGCAGCUGGCCACCGACCAGAUGCUCCUGCACUUUGGGAACUUGGCCAUGCACAUGAAUGGGGAGCUGGUUCUCAGGAAGGCAAGGAGUUUGCUGUACCAGUUCCGCCUCUUGCCCCGGAUCCCCUGCAGCCUUCAUGACCUGUGCAAGCUGUGUGGGACAGGCAUGUGGGAUAGCGGUUACAUACCCGCUGUGGAGUGUACAGGCCACCACCCCAGCUCGGAGAGCUGUCCCUAUGGGGGCACGGUGGAAACGCCCUCGCCCAAGCCCCCCAGAGAAUGCAAGAAGGGCCCAAAGACGCCUCGGGAAGGCUUUGGUUUCCGCAGAUAGGUUGGGCUCCCUGUGCUGGACAAGGGUUGAGGGGACCUUACCAGAGGUCCCAGGCAUGUGGGAGGGGGUGGGGAUGGGCAUGGAGGGGACAGGGGGUGGUAGAAUCAUAAGGAAAAUGCCUUUGGGCAAAAUGAAGGGAACUGUUCCAUAUGAACAACAAAAGCAGAGUCUGGAAGUGAGAAAAGUAAGUCCUGACAGUGGCCCAGAAAAAAGUCAGCUCCCAAAACAGUGGGACCAGGAUGCAUAGCCCCUCCACCUGGAGACACAGGUCGGUUGGCUUCUGUGUUGCCUUCCUAAGGUGCAUGUCAUUAGGACCCAGGAAUACCUCCAGCUUCCUUAGCAAUCUCAGGGUAUUCCCAGGCAAUGGGGAAAGCAGGGUCAGGAAAAAAAGGUCUAGCUCUUCCACCAGCACCAGGGGAUACAGAAGAGAAGGGGGUUCCAUCCAGGCCCAGAGACAUCAUUGCAAGCUGGACACUCCCCUUCAUCAGGCCUUAUUCUCUGAGUGAGCCAAACAGACUUCCCACCGCUUCUUUAGCCUGAGCUGCAACACUAAUAUGAAGACGUCUGCUAAAAACAAAGGAAAAAAUGCCCCGCUGAUUUUAGGAUAGAGAGGUGUAAGAGCAGUGUGGAGUUUGAGAAGCUGGGGACUUUCAUGUUGUCCAUUUAAACACUUUAUCCUCCUGGUGUGUGAAGGAACCUGA